CAUUAUCUCUUUUUGUUUCAGAGUUAAAACACUAUAAAGUACUUAGUAAAUUACGAAUAAUUUAUUUAUUUAAGAUCGUAGGAUAUUCUAUUCUUCAAAAUGAAGUGUCAUCGGUAUUUUAUUAUAAGUCUUCUUGUUCUUAUUUUGUUUCUGGUUGGUUCUAAAGCUUGGUUUGGAGGAGGUGAAAAAGUUCUCUUGUCCGAAGUCAGUGCUAUUACAUUGUAUGAUGGAAGAAAAACAACUGGAAGAAGAAGUAGUCCAGUACCUCAACUAAACUGUAUUGGAGGAUCUGCCUAUUCUGCCUCUAAACCUUCUGUUGUGCAGUGUAAGAAUGUGGGAAGUGAUGGGUUUGAUGUACAAUGGGAAUGCAAAGCAGAUAUGGACGACUCGUACCGCUUUGGAAAAUUACAAGUCACAUGUGAAGGCUAUGAUCAUCCAAAUGAUGUUUAUAUAUUAAAAGGUUCUUGUGGAUUAGAAUACACACUGGAUUACACAGAGGCAGGCAAAUCAAGGCAAAACCAAGGUGGUUAUACUGGUUAUAACCAGCAACAUAACAACAACUACCACUCAAAGCAUUCUUCAGACAGCAGUUCCUGGUUCAUAUUCUUUAUUAUCAUAUUAACCAUUGGAAUAUUACUCUGCAAAGUAAGCCAGUCAAAUACAGAAGAUACUAAUGUUCCACCAAGGCACUCAAACUUUAGAGACUCACAAAGCAGUAACACCAACUCUCCACCUCCAUAUGGAUUUAAACGCGAACAUACAUCGCAUACAACAACAGCAUCAGCUCCACCACCAAGCUAUGACGAUGCAACAGGUGACACCUAUACUCGCCAACGUUAUUCCAGUCGCACACACACACAAGCUAAUUCCACUCCCAAUAAUGCUGGUGGUGGUGGAUUCUGGUCUGGAUUGGGAGUAGGCAGUUUGGCUGGGUAUUUGUUUGGUUCAAGAAACAACAACCAAUAUGGCGGCUACAACAACUAUGGUUGGGGAAAUAACGGGUACAAUAACCGAAGAGGAUGGGGUUGGGGUAACAGGGGAAGUACCUGGGGUAGUGGUGGCAGCACUUGGGGCAGUGGGGCCAAUUCCUGGGGAAGUGGGUCCAGCAAUUGGGGCAGCAGUUCAAGCAAUACAUCUCGCUCUUCUGGAACAAGUCGUACAGCUUCGGGAUUUGGGGGAACAUCAAGGCGUUAAAUAUAAAAGAUGUCUGCCUAAUGUACAUAACACUCUGUAGCCCUAUAGGGAUUUAAAGACAGUAUAUGGUUUAUUAAAUCAUAGCUGUUUAAGAUGUAUCAUUAAUUCAUCACAGUACGGAAAAUAUCACAGUAGUUUUGUAAUUGCAAUUAAAAAGUAGUUUUACUGCCGUAACUUCUGUUUCUAUUUUUUUAAAUCUAAAUACUUUACAUUUUGUCUAAUACUUUAAUUGAGAUCUAUGUUAAAAUAUUUUACUUUUUUAAAUGUCUCAAAAUUUGUAAUGUUAGGUUACUUUUCAAUAUAAUGUUCCAUAUUUUAAGUUUAUAUAUUCUUAUUUUGUAUUCAAUAAAGAAUAAAUACAUUUGUGGACCAUCGCACUAUUGAACACUGGAUUAUGUUUUUUGUUGAUAUAUAGUAGAAUGGGGGAAGGUGGGACACCUUUUACAUGGAAUAUACAAACACCCUGAUCGUGUUUUAAACAUUUAACAAAAGUCUAUGGGAGUCGUGAGAAUAUGGUUUUAUAAUUCUUUGAAUGUUCUUUGCUUACUACCAAAUGGGACCAUAAAAUAGAAUGAAAAGAUGUCUUGUCUUCCCCCACCCUACAAAACAACCUGUAAAUGAAAAACUAAUGAUGUUUUAAUGAUAACUCGCAAUAAACAUCUCUUAUUGUUAA